AUAUCGUCUCAAUUUGGGACUGAGUAAAACUUUUCCCCAAAUGUUGACAAAUAGGCAGGGGAUGAGUAAAUGAGUAAUAUAGGAAUCGGAAGAAGGGGGGUAUGACUGCUCUUUUCCUUGUUGUCCGAAAUCUGCGUUAUAUUCACCCUUGGCAGAUGGCUCUGCAGAUUGGUGAGGCAACCAAAAUUCCAGAUAUAGAAAAAAAGUUAAUUGCAUUAAUAUUCGAUUUUAGGGUUUAGCAAUCCCUUAUAAUCCAUGCAAAAGCGCUUUGCAUUUUACUUUUUAUUCUUCAAUUCCCCAGUUCGUUCCCCUGCUGAAUAUAUAAGACCCAUUUUUCUGGGUACUGCUUCGAUUUUUGCCCUCUUGAGCCAUUUUCAUUUUAUAUGUUUGGCUUGUCAGAGAAUGAGAAGAUGAAUACACCUGGAGCUAAUUAUUGGAAAGGGAAUGCCAACGGAGCAAGUGGCCAUGACAGCUUUUAUGACUUGCUCAGUAUUCUGGAUUUUCCGAUGGAGAGUUUGGAAGGGGAAGGCUCUAAUGACGGUGGGGAUACUGUCCCUUCUGAAGAUGCAUAUUUUAACUUGUAUCCAUUCCCCCAAGCAUAUUUUCAGAAUGGCUCAUUGGACGGGGUGUUCAAGAAGGCUUAUAAGGAGGAGAGUACCUCCCAGGAAAAUCAGGUGUUGAAUCUUGUUGAAGACCCAUCUGGUGGAGCACCUGCCCCUCUCACGGAGACCUCAUCAGAAGAAACGAUGCUCAUAAGCCCCGACUCUAGCAUCCUCUUUCCCGACUUUAUGGUCCCUGUUCGUAAACGGUCAAAACGCUCCAGAUCCCCAAACGUUAAUCGAUGGAAAUUGAUUGCUCCCAUAUUUUGUACUUCAGCUCCAUUCAGAAAUACUUCGGUACUUUCUGGCAUCCAAAUGGACCCACCGAGUCCCAAAAAGAUGAAAAAGAGAGUGCUGUCACGGAAAUCGAUUCCUGUGAAGGAUGGUAGAGGGCCAGGAGUGAAUGGUUCCGUUAGAGAAUGUACACACUGUCAUGUAAAAACGACGCCACAGUGGAGAGAGGGCCCAUUAGGGCGCAAUACUCUAUGCAAUGCCUGUGGAGUCCGAUACCGUACUGGGCGGCUGUUUCCGGAGUAUCGACCGGCAGCUAGUCCAACCUUUGUUCCCUCUGUACACUCAAACUUGCACAGGGAAGUCCUUCGAAAGAGAAGGAAAACUCUGAUUGAAGAUGAGGAAAUUCAGCAUGGUUAAGUGUUGUAUUUGGGGGCAUUGCGAGUUAGAGUUGGAAAGGAUGUUGAUUAGUGACCAAAUUUGUUUUUCAUUUGGCUUAAUUAAUUAAUUUAUUUUGUUUGUUGUGGCAGGAAGUAAAGAAAGACUAGAUUUUAAUUUACUGCCAACUUACAGGUGAAGUAUACAAAAUAAAAUAAUGCUAAAAUGUGGGUACUGUUUUUGUUUGGUUUUACUAUUAUUAUUGUUAUUAUAUAUGAGGUUACAAAAACUAUAUGAGG